AUGUCAAGCAUCCUCAGCCUCAGCAAGCCUGCCUCUCUCGAGCACGCGUCUAGUGGCCUGGAUCGCGCCUCAUUUAACGUCUACGACGAGGCCGACCGCCAUAUCAUCGCUCCACUGCAGGAGCACCCACGUAGUCCCAGUCCUAGCUCCAGUGGUAGCGAUGGCUACGACGUCGACGGCGACCAAGGAGAAGCCGAUACAAACCCGAGGAGCUUUGCUAAUGUGCGACGAGUCUCUGCGAAAGUACGAUCGAAAGUGAAGAUCAAGACACACAAGCUCCUGCAUACCUCCCAUCAGCAACACGCUUAUCAGUUGCCCACAGCUCCUGCUUUGGCACCGGCACCCAUCCACGAUGGCGAUGAGGACCGCCUUUUUCAUCCUGUACCAGAGCAUAAGGGACCCCAACUUAAAGAAUUCCUUCACAACCCGGUCGAUACUGUCUCAUCCCUACUACAUGGCGCAAGUGGGGCAAAGAUGGCUGAUGUUAUGGACAACCAAGUCAUAGCCCACGGUGCGGAUGUGAAUCUGGUCCGGGUAUACGAUAAGGCGGCGGCUGCCGACAAUAAGGAGGAACAACAGUCGGCGCUGGGGGAGUUGGAGGAUUUGAAAAAGACAAGACAAGACCAAUACGUUAGAUGGACAAUGGAUCGCCAUGUACUCAAAAUUAGAAGAAUACCGCCCCUCAAUCUACCGCGGCCGCAGAAGAAGGACUUCCGAACAGGGGAUCAGGAGAAAGAAGGCCAAGUCAACUGGGCCAGUUACAGCCAGCAUCUCGCACGUUUUUAUGCCAGGCACUACUGUGACCAGUACAUUGACGAGUCCCCAACCCUACCUUCGGCAAAUGAGGACGCCAUCAACACUAGUUUGGAAAGGUUCCUCAUGUCAUCAACGCCGUAUCAAGUGGUCCUCAUGAAGAUUCGGCACAUUUAUCGCUGGGAUGACCCUGUGGAGACCGGCGUGUACCUUGGAUCCUACCUCUUUUUUUGGGCCAUCGGUCAUCUUGCAGGCGCUGCGGUUCUUGGCAUUAUGUGGCUCGUGCUUAUGCGACACCUGUACCCUCCAACGGCUGAAGAUCUCCGGGAAAAUAUUGGACGGUCUGAGGACGUUGAGCAGACCGCCACGAAUCUCACUCAGCUGAUCGAGCAGCAUGGAUCUCGUGGGUGGAUGGACGCGUUGAUCAAAGAGCUGGGACCGAGAUCACUAUUAGCACUGGGCGAUAUGGCAGACACUUUGGAAAUCAUGAGAAACUUCUACCAAUGGCGGAGCCCACCCCGCACAGUGUUUUCGCUAUCACUUCUCGGUCUUGUUUGGCUGUUCAUCACCACCACACCUCUCUGGCUGCUGGUCAAGAUGUCACAACUUGAAGCCGCCAUUAUGUUUUUCGGGACAUUUCCAAUUGCGAGCCGCAUGCCACACUAUCGGCAUGUUGUAUCGCCAUUGACAUGGUUAUUUUGGAAGAUACCCACAGAUGGUAUGUGCUCCAAGUCCCUUUGCCUUUGGAUCUCAAAAGCAACGCUGACGCUCUUGACUGCAGCCGAGUGGGCCAUAGCUCGCUUGCAAGUGGAAGCCAGGCACAGCAAAGAUGCACUGCCCACAGAGCCCUCCAAAAACGUUGAAGGCGCGUCAGAUAAGACGACAAUGCCUUCGAAGGCCGAUGACGAGACCGAACCUGCAAUAGAUAUUGGCAGAUAUCAUUGCACGUGCCAAAGCCAUCAUGGAGAUCUUCACGUCAGCUCAAGUGGUGCUCGCUACGUAACUGCAGUGAGAUCAACCCUUCUAUGGAAGCUACGAUUUGACAAUUGCAAGACCAUACGCAAACAUUCUGAUAGUGGGCUGAUUUUCGAGCUCAUGGAUGACAGCGAGUUCAAAGUUAUGGGUUUGGCGCUUAGGAAUGAAAUCUUCACUCAAAUAAUUGGCUAUAGUGGCCUAGCAUGGCAGGUCAUUGGAUGA